AUGGGACUGAGGCACUCAUCACGGUGCCUGCUCCUGCGCAGAAAGAUGGCGGAGGCUGAGAGCUCGGAGCAGAAGCAGCAGCAGCGGCAGCAGAGCACUGGCAAUCCUCCCUCUGCGCAGCCUCCUCCUGUGCCUAAACCCAUGGCAUCAGUUCAUCACGUUCCUCGUCCCCCUCACACCCCACAUGUCUCAUCGCUGUCCACCUGCCCUGGACGUGGAAAAAUGGCCAAACUCCUCAAUCCGGAGGAAAUGACCUCACGAGACUACUACUUCGACUCAUACGCCCACUUUGGCAUUCAUGAGGAGAUGUUAAAGGACGAGGUGAGAACGCUGACCUACAGGAACUCCAUGUACCACAAUAAGCACAUUUUUAAGGACAAGAUUGUUCUAGAUGUGGGCAGCGGGACAGGAAUCCUCUCCAUGUUUGCUGCUAAAGCAGGGGCCAAACAUGUCUACGGGAUUGAAUGCUCAAGUAUAUCAGAGUACUCAGAGAAAAUCAUCAAAUCUAACCACCUGGACAAUGUUAUUACCAUCUUUAAAGGGAAAGUAGAAGAGACAGAAUUGCCUGUGGAUCAGGUGGACAUUAUUGUCUCUGAAUGGAUGGGAUACUGCCUUUUUUACGAGUCCAUGCUGAAGACUGUCAUUUACGCCCGGGACAAAUGGCUGAAGCCUGGAGGGUUCAUGUUCCCAGAUAGAGCAACACUACACGUGGUGGCCAUAGAGGACAGACAAUACAAAGACUUUAAAAUCCACUGGUGGGAGAAUGUUUAUGGUUUUGACAUGACCUGCAUUCGCAACGUGGCCAUGAUGGAACCACUGGUUGAUAUUGUGGACCCGAAACAAGUGGUGACCAACUCCUGCCUUAUUAAGGAGGUGGACAUCUACACAGUAACGCUGGAGGAUCUGACCUUCACCUCAGCCUUUUGCUUGCAGAUCCAGAGAAAUGACUACAUCCAUGCGCUUGUCACCUACUUCAACAUCGAGUUCACCAAGUGUCACAAGAAGACCGGCUUCUCCACAGCCCCCGAUGCUCCGGGUACUCACUGGAAGCAGACAGUGUUUUACCUAGAGGACUACCUGACAGUGAGGAGAGGGGAGGAGAUCCUGGGCAGCAUUGCUGUCAAGCCCAAUGAAAACAAUGAACGUGACCUGGACUUUACCUUUGAGCUGGAUUUCAAGGGGCAGCUUUGUGAUGCAGCGAUUUCUCAUGACUACAAGAUGCGGUAGGAUUCCACCAGAGGGAGAAUUCCCGUAACAGCUCGACCACCCAGAGAACAACACAGGAGGCUGCUAUAUGCUCUGACCAAACAGGAAAGACCAGCAGCAGAAUAUGAGCCCAGUGUGAAUCACGUACAAAGAGCAAUAGUGUCAUCAGUCCUCCAGUUCUGCAAAACUACCAGUCUGUGAGGGAGCAUCACUCUGAAUGUAACUGUCAAUGACCUUGAGAAUGUCUUAGUUGUCCUUUAUUAUAGUAAGAAAGCAUGAAAGCAAGUACAGUGUUGAACAGUAAUCUACAAGGUAAUGUGAUUAAAGAUUAAAAAAUGAGGCAACAUGCCCAAAAAGACUUGAGCACAGUAAUAGGAUUUACAGAAUGUGUAUUCUAAUAGGAGACAGCAGGGAGAAAGAUUUUAACAGUGAGACAUUUGACUGCAUAUUUUCAAACAUUUAAUUUAUGCCUCAUUAUUACUAAACAUAUUUAAUUUUUACUUCUGGGUUUUUUUUUGUGGUUGAAUGGUUUAUAUUGUAAUUGGCAUGUUUUAUUCCUCAUGAUGAUUUUUCAAGGUUUUUUUUUUAUUUUUAAUUAAAAAAAAUAUAUUUCUUUGGCCUGUUUCAAACAUUUUAUGCAAACAUUUGUUAGGAAUUUGGGAAGAGGAAGUGGUAAAUAAAUCAGACAUGUGAAAACAAUAUGUGCAUCUAGUUGACAUUUAUUAAGCCAGUUUAUAUACAUAUAUACAUA